CAUGAAUGGAAAAGGGCCAAAGAGCAUGACUUCUGCAACUUCACCCAUCAUUUUAAAAUGGGAUCCCAAAAGUUUGGAAAUCAGGACUCUAACUGUGGAGAGAUUAUUGGAGCCACUAGUUACACAGGUGACGACCCUCGUAAACACCAGCAACAAAGGGCCUUCAGGGAAAAAGAAAGGCCGGUCCAAGAAAGCCCACGUCUUAGCAGCUUCCGUUGAACAAGCCACUCAGAACUUCUUGGAGAAAGGAGAACAGAUUGCGAAAGAAAGCCAAGACUUGAAGGACGAAUUGGUGGCCGCCGUGGAGGAUGUGCGCAAGCAAGGUGAAACCAUGAGAAUCGCUUCCUCGGAAUUUGCUGACGAUCCUUGUUCCUCCGUCAAGCGGGGCACGAUGGUCCGGGCUGCUCGAGCUCUGCUUUCUGCUGUCACUCGCUUGCUCAUCCUGGCGGACAUGGCAGAUGUCAUGAGGCUUUUAUCUCACCUGAAAAUUGUAGAGGAAGCGUUAGAAGCCGUGAAGAAUGCUACCAACGAACAAGACCUUGCAAACCGCUUCAAAGAAUUUGGAAAGGAGAUGGUGAAGCUUAAUUACGUAGCUGCUAGAAGACAACAGGAGCUAAAGGAUCCCCACUGUAGAGAUGAAAUGGCUGCAGCUCGUGGUGCCUUGAAGAAAAACGCAACAAUGCUCUACACUGCUUCACAAGCUUUCCUCCGCCACCCGGACGUCGCAGCCACCAGAGCCAACAGGGACUAUGUCUUCAAACAAGUCCAGGAAGCCAUUGCUGGAAUUUCCAACGCAGCUCAGGCCACCUCGCCCACCGACGAGAACAAGGGCCACACUGGGAUUGGGGAGCUCGCUGCAGCCCUGAAUGAGUUUGAUAACAAGAUCAUUUUAGAUCCCAUGACCUUCAGCGAAGCCCGAUUUCGGCCCUCCCUUGAAGAGAGAUUGGAGAGCAUCAUCAGUGGGGCCGCCCUCAUGGCCGAUUCGUCUUGCACCCGCGACGACCGUCGGGAGAGAAUUGUGGCCGAAUGCAACGCGGUGAGGCAGGCCUUGCAGGAUUUGCUGACCGAAUACAUGAAUAACACUGGAAGGAAGGAGAAAGGAGACCCUCUGAACAUCGCAAUUGACAAGAUGACUAAGAAGACGAGAGACCUACGAAGACAGGUACCUGCUGGAAUUGGGAUAAUUUUGACACUUUUAACGGAUGCCAUCUGUGUAACCAGAGCUUUACAAGUUCUCGAGAUGCAGACGUAUCAGAUGAGCAUUCCGAUGUUGAAAGAGAAAGCCGAGAUUGCCUCCUACGAGUGCCGUAAGAAAUUCUACGCCUAUGAAGAUGCUGCCAACCUGACGGUUAAAUUGCGAUUUCGAGAUGCUACUUAUGGUUUUCCAGUGGCUUCCAAUGUGGCCAAUUUGGCUUGUUCCAUUUCCAAUAAUGAAGAAGGGGUAAAAUUGGUCCGGAUGGCAGCAACCCAGAUUGAUAGUUUAUGCCCACAGGUGAUAAACGCAGCUCUCACCUUGGCUGCCAGGCCUCAGAGCAAAGUGGCCCAAGACAACAUGGACGUCUUCAAAGACCAGUGGGAGAAGCAGGUGCGAGUCCUGACCGAGGCGGUCGAUGACAUCACUUCCGUGGAUGAUUUCCUUUCCGUCUCAGAAAAUCACAUUCUGGAAGACGUCAACAAAUGUGUGAUUGCCUUGCAAGAGGGUGACGUCGAUACCCUGGACAGGACCGCGGGGGCGAUUCGAGGACGCGCCGCCAGGGUUAUCCACAUCAUCAACGCCGAGAUGGAAAACUACGAAGCCGGGGUUUACACUGAGAAAGUGUUAGAAGCGACGAAGUUGCUUUCCGAAACAGUGAUGCCGCGUUUUGCUGAACAAGUGGAAGUCGCCAUUGAGGCCCUGAGUGCAAACGUCCCACAACCGUUUGAAGAGAACGAGUUCAUUGACGCCUCUCGCUUGGUUUAUGACGGUGUUCGAGACAUCAGGAAAGCUGUAUUAAUGAUCAGGACUCCCGAAGAGCUAGAGGAUGAUUCUGAUUUCGAACAGGAAGAUUAUGAUGUCCGUAGCCGGACAAGCGUUCAAACUGAAGACGAUCAGCUUAUUGCUGGCCAAAGUGCAAGGGCCAUCAUGGCUCAGCUUCCUCAGGAAGAGAAGGCAAAAAUAGCUGAGCAGGUAGAGAUAUUCCAUCAAGAAAAGAGCAAACUGGACGCCGAGGUGGCCAAAUGGGAUGACAGCGGGAAUGACAUCAUCGUCCUAGCCAAACAGAUGUGCAUGAUCAUGAUGGAAAUGACGGACUUCACCAGGGGUAAAGGGCCACUGAAGAAUACCUCCGAUGUCAUAAAUGCCGCCAAGAAAAUUGCAGAAGCCGGCUCCAGAAUGGACAAACUGGCGCGGGCGGUGGCCGAUCAGUGUCCCGAUUCAGCCUGUAAGCAAGAUCUGCUCGCCUACCUUCAACGCAUCGCCCUUUACUGUCACCAGCUUAAUAUCUGUAGCAAGGUCAAAGCAGAAGUCCAAAACCUUGGCGGAGAACUGAUUGUUUCCGGGCCUGGAGUUCAAAGCACUUUCACUACCUUUUAUGAGGUAGAGUGUGAUGUCAUAGAUGGGGGCAGGGCUAGUCAACUUUCUACCCACCUACCCACCUGUGCUGAAGGCGCUACGGUUGCAAACGGAAGUGGGGACUCCUCCAUGCUGGACAGUGCCACGUCCCUCAUCCAAGCUGCUAAAAACCUGAUGAACGCCGUGGUGCUGACCGUCAAAGCCUCCUACGUGGCUUCAACCAAAUAUCAGAAAGUCUACGGCACCGCCGCCGUCAACUCACCGGUGGUCUCCUGGAAAAUGAAAGCUCCGGAAAAGAAACCGUUAGUCAAGAGGGAAAAGCCGGAGGAAUAUCAGACCAGGGUGCGAAGAGGUUCCCAAAAGAAACACAUUUCGCCCGUACAGGCUCUCAGCGAAUUCAAAGCGAUGGAUUCCUUCUAAGGCUUCACCACGAGGGGUUUUUUGGGUUUUUUUUCAAUGGCCUUCCAUGUUUUUGUAUGCGUACCUGCCAACUUGUAUGUGUCUGGCAAAGGGAGGGGGUGUUGGGGGCAGAACCAGGAUAAUAAAGCAGUGUCAAUUUUGCAUGCAACCGAGACUCGAUUAAGCCAUCAUGCAGUAUUCCUUCCCCGCCCCCCCCCCCAAAAAGACAUACAGGCGUUUCAUAUGUUGACAAGCGGCCUGUCUCACCGGUCUCUUUCCUAAAGGAGCGAAAAAACAAAACAAAACAAAAAGGCUUUAUUAUACUUUAUUUAUUUUUUAAAGAAGGCUUUUUUUUUUUGUAAAGGGGAAAAAAAUUGCAUUGUAAGACCGGGAUAGGGAAGGAGAGAUCGGGAUGGCGAGUGCGGGGUCCUUGGUGCUCUCCGAGCUUAGUUGUUUUCUUGCAGACGUUUCGUUACCAAUCUAGGUAACGUCAUCCGUGCUAGAUGGAGUAGGGUUGACUAUUUAUAUACGAGUUGUUUGCCCUGUCAAUGUUGGUCUUGGCGGUUCCUUGACUGAGCUGUUAUUUAAGGUUAGCUUGUUCGUUUGAAUCAGGGGUAGGCUUCAGAUCCUUUAGCAAUGGGUUCGCUGCCCUGUUGCUGGCUGGGUGUGGCCAUGGUGGGUGUGGCCUAGUUGGCCACCUGCACCAAGGUGAGGGGGGGCAUUUUUGCCCUCUCUAGAUUCCGGAGGCUUUCCUCGAGCCUCCGGGAGGACAAAAACUGCUUUCCCCGGGGUCCAGAAGCCCUCCGGAGGCCGGAAACAGGACCGUUUCCGGACUUAGAGAACUUCCAGGAGGCCCGUUUUUUUGCCCUCCCCAGGCUCCAGAGGCUUUCCUCGAGCCUCCAGGAGAGUGAAAACAGCUUCCCCCAGGAUUGGUAGGCCCUCCAGAGGCCAGAAACAGGCCCGUUUCCGGACUUCCGGAACUUCUGUUGGGCCCGUUUUUUGCCCUCCCAGACCCUCCGCGCGGCCCCUGCACUUACCUGGAAUGAUGAAAGGGCCGCAUGGAGACUCUUGGGAGGGGUGAGGUGGGCGUGGCCAGCCAGGGGUGGCAUUUGUGGGUUCGCUGAACUCUGGCGAUCCUUGGCUGGAGGAUCGCCCGAACCCUGCCAAACCCACAGGAGCCCACCCCUGGUUUGAAUUGGUAGGAAGUAUCACCAAGGCCACACCCAUCGACCCUGAUAGGGCAAGCCUUGCCCUAUCAGGGUCGGUGGGUGUGGCCUUGGUGGCACUUGGUAGUACUUAAAUAUACCAUGAUGGUACUUACAUAUAAACAGAGAGCAAACCCUACCACUGAUGAUGUUACCUAAUUGGGUCACGAAACGUCUGCAGGACAACAACCGAGCUCGGAGAGAACCCAAGGACCCCCACAGCUCAACCCCGAGCAUCAAAUAUUCUCUUCUCUAGGGCAGGAAGAGCUUGUCCAUGCCCGGAACGUGGAGGUUGGCAGGAACAUUUGCAGAUGGGAAAUCUUGAAAGUGCAGUGUGUGUGGGGGGGUCCAUAACAGCUUGUGUUGCUUUUGUAAUCUAGCCAAUGUGCUUGACUGUGUGGCCUGAAUAACGAAACGAUUUAAUUUUGAGCCCUCUUCAUUUACGGUAUGUGAAUUUUUAACCCAGACGGUGAUUUAAAAAAAAAACAACAACGAAACAAAACACGGAAUGAAUGCUUCCUUUUUAACUCACUUCCCCCCCCCCUUUUUUUUAUUUCUAAUAGUGUUACGGCAACGAAUCCUCCUCUAAUUUCAGCCAUUGCCUUCUCCCUUCUUCCCCCCGCCCGCCCGCUCGCCCCUCUCUUUCAAUCAAACUCGUUUUUCUUUUUCAAACUUGAGUUUCUUCUGGUGAAGUAUGAAGCACAACAUGGUGGUUGACAUUGCCUUUUGUAUUAUUAUAAUUAUAGCGAAUUAAUAUUAUUAGACAUAGAGCCGGUGGUAGAAUGUGUAAAAAAAGACAUGGGAGCUGAGAUCAUGUCGGAAUUUAGAAACAAAUAUGUAGGUGUAGCUUUGGAUUACGGCAAGAUAGUCCAAUAGACCAUCAUAACCGCUAACUCAAUAAACUUAUUUAACCUUGGC